UGAUUCAUAAACAAAUCCUGCCAGCCAACGAUCAGGUUAGUUCACAAGUGUCUUUAACCAUGGGACCCUAUACAUGCUUGGCCUGUGGAGUAUUAUUUGACGAUGCUGACUUGCAAAGAUCACAUUAUAAAACCGAUUGGCAUCGGUAUAACCUAAAACGCAAGGUAGCAGAAUUGCCACCAGUUACAAAGGAACAAUUUGUAGAAAAAGUUCAAGUGCAAGCUCAAAAGAAAGAAGAAAAAUUGCAAGAUAAAACGAAAUUUUGCAGUCCGUGUAAUAAAUCAUUUUCUUCAGUAAAUGCAUAUGAAAACCACUUAAAGUCCAAAAGGCAUAAAGAUGUAAAUUCCAAAAGUAAUGCUGAUAUAAAAUCAAAAGACAAGGAGAAGGAGGAGUAUGCUGAGACAUCGGAAAAGCCCGCGAAGCGAAAUAGUAACAUAAAAAUUACACUCAAGCCUGGUUAUAUUCCACCGGUGAACGAUGAUGAGGUAGAUGAUGAUAACAGCGAUGAGUGGGAAGACGUUGACGACGGUGAGGAGGAGAGUUACGAUGAAGACGACGAAAUCGACGAAGAAUCCGAAGCUCUCCCGCAGACGUUUUGUUUGUUUUGUCCGCACGAAAGUGUUUCCGUCGUCGACAAUUUUCGACACAUGACCAAAUCGCACAGUUUUUUCAUUCCUGACCUGCAAUUCGUUACUGACCUGGAAGCCUUUAUCGUUUACUUGGGUGCUAAAGUUGGAGACGGCAAAGUCUGUUUGUGCUGUAAUAAUCACAGCAAAGCUUUUCAAACUGUACGCGCUUGUCAGUCUCACAUGGUCGACAAAGGGCAUUGCACGCUUGCGUACGAAGGCGAUGCUAUGCUGGAAUAUGCUGAUUUCUACGAUUUUUCAUCAACGUAUCCUGAUAAUGAUGAUGCUACUGACCUGGACAGCGAGUUGUCAUUAAACGAUAAUGACUUGAGAGUAGAUCCCGAUACAAUGGAGUUAAGACUCCCGUCCGGUGCAAGGGCUGGACAUCGCGCGCUGCGGAAAUACUACAAGCAAAACAUCCCGGAAAAACAAGCUGAAUUUAAAAGUAGAAGAAUGAUAACCUACAAUCCACGCCAGUGCUUAGCUCUAGGGCUGAACGAAAGGACUUUAAGUGUAGCUUUGCGAAAGAAGAUCGCAGCAAAGAAAAUUGAGAACAAGCGACGUGCUUAUCAUAGUAUUAAGAUUAAUAUUAAAGCGAACAAGCUACAGAAACAUUACAGACAAGAGGAAAUGAACUGUGGUUAACUCGCAGAGCUGGGAACUUUUAAAAUGGUUUUGACAUCAGCCAUUUUUUUACGACUUGUUUUCUUACUUUGUAUUAGGGAAGCUAUGGGAUCUAAAAUUUUAUUCGUAGAAA